AUGCUCUCUCGUACCUCUUCCCGCCUACUCGGCCUGCGUAUGGCGACUCAAACUCAGCGGUCUCGUGGCUACGCAUCGUCCUCCGAGCAGAUCCGAGAGUUCUUCCACGCUCGACCGGUACCUGUCGAGAUCUACCCCCUCCUCGCCAUGACUUUCGUUAUGUGCUCUUUUGCCGGCUACCAUUUGACAAGGCACAUAACUAAGGACCGGGAACAUCUGCGCUGGAAGCCAACAGGACACCACGCCAUGGCAUACUCCCGCGUCAACGAGCACGCCGGGUCCCACUUUCUCGGAGGAACACACCACUAG